UGCUGGGUGUCUUCGCGGAUAGCGUUUGUAGUGAGUUUGAGCACGAUAAAGGAAUCUGUAUUUGAACAGGCCAGGAGUUUUAAGGAGGAUAGACAGGCUUCGGAGAUGGACUUGCAUCAAGAAAACGCGGCCUCUUACGAGUUUGAUGCACCAUCACAUGUCGUAGAUUUCGCCUCUUUGGAUGUCGAGGACAAUGCAGAUCGUUGGUUUGAUCGCAUGUCAGACCCUGCAGCUUGCCAGCUCAUAACCCCACUGAAGACGGACAAACCUUGGAGCAGCCCAGCAAAUACGGACAUUCCCAGGGCAGUGGUGUCUCCCAGGCCAAGAGCUGACAAUGCUACCAAAGUUUCAGAUGAAGAUAAUCCAAACUCUGCAGUGCCCUCAAAUGUUGUGACGUCAUGGGGUAAUGGCCAUCCCUCCACCUCUCUCCAGGCCCAGAGAAAGGCUCCAUCCCGACAGCCGCGCAGGGUGUCAAAGCGCAAGGAAGCAGUCAGACAAGAGGAAAAUAAAAGGGUUGUUGAUACGCCUCCCCCGCAAAAGAAACCCAGGAGGAGCUCAGUAUCCCGACCCCUGCGCCGCAGCGUGUCCGCGAGUGGCAGCCAGCGAGGAGUUCGUAAUGCCGCACCCGCUGCCCGGUCAGCAGUGGCCACCACUGCCGUCAAGAGAAGUGCGUCUCUGAAGCAGAAGAGCUCAGAGCAGCUGGAGAUUGAGCACAUGCAGGCACUGCAGAAGGAGGUGGCUGAGCAGCGGAAGAAGAACGAGGCCUCCUUCAAGGCAGCUGUAGCAGGCAGUCAGCCGGUUAGGAAGCCUGCCCUGUCUACCACAGUCCCUGUGGAGUUCCGCUUCCGCACAGACGCGAGACUGAAGGCUCAGACUGAAGCCCCCGCAGAUGGUGCCUACAAAGAGGUGGACUUCACUACUCAGCUGCGCAAACACCCGUCCUCCCCUGCGAAGGCUCUGAGAGGCACAACUGUCCCCAAGCCCUUCAAUCUGUCCGGCGGCACCAAACGCAAGCAUGAGGAGACGGAGGCAUAUGUUCCCAUGGCCCAGGCGAUUGAGAGCUUCCAGCGGCGUACACCAGCUCGCUACCACCUGCGUAGCCGGCAGAGGGAGGAGAGAGGUCCAUCCCCAAUGAAGAUGGACAAGCUGAAAAUCACCCACCCCCAGACCCCUCAGCUGAUGACAAGGCAGAGGAGUCGCCCGAUGACAGCGAAGAGUAGCGCUGAGAUUGAGGCGGAAGAGGUGGAGAAGCUUCGCCAGUUCAAGUUCAAAGCUCUUGAGCUGAACAGGAAGAUCCUGGAGGAGGCUCUGGUGCCAAAGAAGCCAACGCCAAAGGAGGUGACCCAGCCAGAGGGCUUUCAUUUGGAGGUGGAGCGCCGGGUGCAGGAGCGGAAAGCCAGCAAGAAGCCAGAGGAGCCUGAGGACCAUACCUUCCACUCACGACCUGUGCCUGUCCGCAUCCUGGAAGACGUGGUGGGUGUCCCAGAGAAAAAGGUACAGAAUCCCACAGUCCCAGAGUCCCCAGCCUUUGCUCUGAAGAACCGCGUACGAGUUGAGCGCAAGGUUGAAGAGACAAAGCCAUCCGCGCCGGUCAAAGUGAUUCCCAUGCCCCACUUUGGCCUCCCCUUCCAGCCCAAGCUUCCAGAGAAGACCCAAGUGGAGGUGUGUCCCUUCUCCUUUGAAGCUCGAGAGCGAGAGAAGCAGGCACUCAAGGAGAAGAGGCUGGAGCACAUGCGUCAUGAAGAGGUGCCCAAGUUCAAGGCCCAGCCGCUUCCAGACUUCAGUGAGGUACAUCUUCCUGCCAAGAAGGUGGCAGAACCCACUAAGGUGGAGCCCUUCAAGCUUAUUAUCGAUGAGCGUGGCACCACUAAGAGCGAGCGCUGGGAACAAAUGAUGAAGGAGGAACUCAAACAGCAGGCAGAAGCGGCGUCUUUCAAGGCACGGCCCAACACAAUCACUCACAAGGAGCCCUUUAUCCCAAAGAAGGAGAACCGCUCUGUUUUGGUUGCAGAUGGCUUCCAGCUGUCCACAGAGCGCCGCGCCAAGGAGCGCCUGGAGUUUGACCGUGCAGUGUGUGAAAAGGAGGCGCUACGUGCGCGCAUGGAAGAGGAGGAGAGGAGGCAGCAGGAGGAGCAAGAGAAGGAGGAGAUCGCACGCCUCCGGCAAGAACAGGUGCACAAGGCCCAGCCCAUCAGACGCUAUAAAGCAGUGGAGCUGAAGAGGAGCGAAGUGCCCCUGACCAUACCCCAGUCCCCCAACUUCUCUGAUCGCUUCCGCCUCUGACCCCCUUCUCUGGAGGGCGCUACCUUUCCUGACUGUACAUAAUUGUAACCAGUAUCGCCAAAAGGUCUCUGACCACUCUUUUACUUCACCCUUCAUUUUUUUACAUAUGUAGCCAAUGAUGAAUAAACAAA